UCCUACUGUUUGAUCGACCUAAGAGACUAGGAGAGGCACGUCAACAAGAUGUAUCCAAAAACUAUCGGAGAACGUCAAGCUAAUAAAGAACAUGUAUUGGCUGUUUCAAGAGAUUUUAUAUCACAGCCACGACUUACAUAUAAAACCGUCUCAGGUGUAAAUGGACCAUUGGUAAUAUUAGAUGAAGUCAAAUUUCCAAAAUUUGCAGAAAUUGUUCAAUUAAAACUUGCUGAUGGAUCUACAAGAUCUGGUCAAGUAUUAGAAGUAUCAGGUUCUAAAGCAGUUGUUCAAGUGUUUGAGGGUACUUCUGGUAUUGAUGCAAAAAAUACUCUUUGUGAAUUUACUGGUGAUACUCUUCGGACUCCUGUAUCUGAAGAUAUGUUGGGCCGUGUUUUUAAUGGAUCUGGAAAACCAAUUGAUAAAGGUCCUCCUAUUCUUGCGGAAGAUUUUUUGGACAUUGAAGGACAACCAAUUAAUCCAUGGUCACGUAUUUAUCCUAAAGAAAUGAUUCAAACAGGUAUCUCAGCUAUUGAUGUUAUGAAUUCUAUUGCUCGUGGGCAAAAGAUUCCUAUUUUCUCAGCUGCUGGUUUACCACACAAUGAGAUUGCUGCACAAAUUUGUCGUCAAGCUGGUCUUGUAAAGUUACCUGGAAAAUCAGUUUUGGAUUCUCAUGAAGAUAAUUUUGCUAUUGUAUUUGCUGCUAUGGGUGUGAAUAUGGAAACUGCUCGUUUUUUUAAGCAAGAUUUUGAAGAAAAUGGUUCUAUGGAAAAUGUGUGCCUCUUUUUAAAUUUAGCUAAUGAUCCUACUAUUGAAAGAAUUAUCACUCCACGUCUUGCUUUAACUGCAGCUGAAUUUUUGGCUUAUCAAUGCGAAAAACAUGUUCUAGUUAUACUAACUGAUAUGUCCUCUUAUGCUGAAGCUCUUCGUGAAGUAUCAGCUGCUCGUGAAGAAGUACCAGGACGACGUGGUUUUCCUGGUUAUAUGUAUACAGAUUUAGCAACUAUAUAUGAACGAGCUGGUCGAGUAGAAGGUCGUAAUGGUUCUAUUACCCAAAUUCCAAUUUUAACUAUGCCAAACGACGAUAUUACUCAUCCUAUUCCUGAUUUAACUGGAUAUAUUACUGAGGGUCAAAUUUAUGUUGAUCGUCAACUUCAUAAUAGACAGAUUUAUCCACCUGUUAAUGUACUUCCUUCACUAUCUCGACUUAUGAAGUCUGCUAUUGGUGAAGGAUGGACACGAAAAGAUCAUUCUGAUGUGUCUAAUCAAUUGUAUGCUUGUUAUGCUAUUGGAAAAGAUGUACAAGCUAUGAAAGCUGUUGUUGGUGAAGAAGCUUUAACACCAGAUGAUUUGCUAUAUUUAGAAUUUCUUUCUAAGUUUGAGAAAAAUUUUAUUUCUCAGGGAAGUUAUGAAAAUCGUACGGUCUUUGAAUCAUUGGAUAUUGGUUGGCAGUUAUUACGUAUUUUUCCUAAAGAGAUGCUCAAACGAAUUCCCACUAAUAUUCUCGCAGAAUUUUAUCCAAGAGAUUCACGUCAUUAGUUUUUUUUUCAUAUUUACAAUUAAAUCUUUUUUGUUUAAACUAUAUAAAAAGAAUUAGAAUGAAAAAAAUGGAAAAAUGGUCUGAUUCUCUGGUUUUUUAAUGAUUAAAUUGAAAAAA